AUGGCAACUAUUUUUAAACUAACGAAAGCCCAAAAAGACCUGGAAAACCAAGAAGAACCACAAAAGAAAAAAGAUAAAAAGUCAAUCUAUAAACAACGAGUUCUGAUUAUGGCUUCUCGAGGCAUAAAUCAUAGACAGAGACACCUUAUGAAUGAUUUGACAACUUUAUUGCCUCAUUUUAAGAAAGAAUCUAAGUUUGAUCAAAAAUUCCAACUUGCGAUCAUAAACGAAUUAGCGGAACUUAAUAAUUGUAAUAAUUGUGUCUUUUUCGAAGUUCGCAAACGUCAAGAUUUAUAUUUAUGGACAGCAAAAGCACCCAAUGGCCCGAGUAUUAAAUUUCACGUUCUAAAUAUCCAUACAAUGAAUGAACUUAAGAUGACAGGCAAUUGUCUUAAAGGAUCACGUUCAAUUCUUUCUUUUGACAAAAGAUUUGAUUCGGAACCUCAUUGGAUGUUGAUAAAAGAAGUCUUUACCCACAUUUUUGGUGUGCCCAAGAAUGCGCGCCGUAUAAAGCCUUUCGUUGAUCAUGUCAUUUCUUUUACAAUAGCUGAUAACCGAAUUUGGUUUCGGAAUUUUCAGAUUGUUGAAAAAGAUCCUAUAACAACUAAUAAAAAGAAUUCAAAUGAUAAGGAUAUUUCACUGGUCGAAAUUGGUCCUCGGUUUGUUCUUAAUGUUAUUAGAAUAUUUGAAGGAAGUUUUUGUGGUGCAACAAUCUAUUCCAAUCCAGAGUUCGUUAGCCCAAAUCAAGUUCGACGCAAUAUCCGUAUGGCUAAAUCUGGUCGAUAUAAAACAAGAAUGAUAGCCCGAAAUGAAAGGCAACUUAAGUUAGAAAAUUGUGAAUUGCCCGAAGAUACUCCGAAUAUUUCAUAA